UUCGUUUAUUUGGAGGAGUCUAUUUCAAACUCAAGGGGUGGUUCGAGAUGGUUAUAGAUGGCGGGUUGGGAACGGUAAGUCUAUCAAUAUAUGGGAGGAACCCUGGCUGCCUGACAGGGAUAAUCCCAGACUUUUUUACUCCACUUUGUGAAAAAUUAAAACACACUACUAUGGACAACCUUUUUGACAUUUCGGGUAGAGCUUGGGAUACUGAUAUUUUACGAAAUAUCUUUACCGAUAGAGACAUUCUACUUAUACAGUCAAUUCCGAUCAGUUUGAGCUUAUCGCCGGAUUUGAGAUGCUGGAAGUGGGAGCAAGACGGGCACUUCUCAGUUAAAAGUUGUUAUAGAUAUCUUGUUGGUGAUUUCAGCUCGGCUGGGCGAGAUGAUUGGCCGGCUAUGUGAUCGUGGAAGCUUCCUCCAAAAAUUAAAAUUUUCUUCUGACAGACAUGUAGCGGCUGUCUCCCAACCAGAAAUAAUUUGCAAUCGCGCCGGAUAGAUUGUUCAAAUCAAUGCGGCCUGUGUGGGGAUCCAGGGGAGUCUCUUCAUGACCUGUGGGGUUCCGAGGGAGGCGUGGUCGACGGUAUCCUGGAAGUGGACUGCUCAAGGUGGAAAUGAUUUCUUGGAGCAGGUUUGGAAGGAAUUUCAUGUGAGAAGAGAGGAGGAUUUGGCGAAGUUGAUUUGAGGUUGCUGGGCAAUUUGGCGUGAGAGGAAUUGUCGGGUUUGGCAGCAGUCUUCUUCUCCAGCGCAUCAGUUUAUGCUCAAGGCCGAGGCAUUUGUGACGGGAUGGUCCCAAGCACAGGCAGCUCGCAGGGAAGGAAGCUUAACAGGGCAGAGGAUGGCAGUUUCUUGGUGUCGUCCAGCCGCGGGGAUGAUGAAACUGAAUGUUGAUGCUGCAGUUUGUACUGGUUACUGUGGGCUGGGUUGGUGUCUUAGGGUUGAGGAAGGUAAGUUUGUGGCUGGAGCAGCUCGUAAGUGGGAGGGGAAUUUAUCUUCACUGGAAGCCGAGUUGAUUGGAAUUAGAGAAGCAUUGAGCUGGCUACAAGAUUUUGAGUGGAAGGCGAUUGAAGUCGAGUUUGAUGCUUCCCGUGCCAUUUUGGAAAUUUUGAAAGGCUCAAGUAUUUCUUCCAAUGGGCUGGUGGCAGCUGAUAUUAGAGAUCUUGCAAACAACUUUUCUAGCAUCUCCUUUUCUCAUGUUAGACGGUCAACAAACAAGGCAACUCAUGUUAUUGCUAAGACGGCAUGUUCUUUGUCUGAUUUUCAGUCUUGGUUUACUAAUCCUCCGCUAUUUAUUUCUUAUGUAAUUGACAAUGAUUUGAUUAAUGUUAAUUAAUUAUUUUCCCCACAAAA